AUGCUCGCGGCACCGCUUCUCGCGACGGCCGCGCCGACCACGCCGCUGCUGGUGCUCCUGUUGGCGAUGGUGCGGUUCGCGGCCGCCGAACGGGACGCGCCGCGCGCGUUGGCCGCCCGCCGAACGCCGCCGUACCAACAGUGGCGGCGUGUCGACGGUCGCACCAACUACCGCCGCCGUCUGUUGACCGGCGGCGUUCAUCUGCCCCGCAGGCAGUGGCGACAGCCGACCGCUGCCGCGGCGCAGGUUGGCGAACAGCUCGCCCGCCAUCAAAGGCACUUCCUCGCGUCCACCGUGAACCCCGUAAUGAACCACUGGAGAUCGAUUCACGACAAGCUCCAAGUGCAGUCUACUUGGCCCGGCAACGGCAGGUACUCCGACGAAACUUCAUUGUUGUUCACAACGGUAAGACAAAAACACUGUAAUAAAAGCUCCCAAAAACUCGACCGUGUGCGAUUUUAUUGUGUUCAUAUAAUAAUAUAGUAACUAUACGUUGUCUUUGUCUAAGUAUUUGAAACAAAGUACUAUACAGAUAAUCUAUUCUUUAUUUAAUUUUUUGAACAUUAGUUGUUGAACAAUACAUCAAUAAUAUUCGUUACUUCUUCCAAGACAAAAUAUUAAGCCUUAAUAAUAUAGGCAAAAGCCAAAAGACCGUAAGAAGCGUUAACUUAAUAAUUGUUCCAUUACAUCAUUUUAUCGAUGUUAAAGCUGAUUUUUCUAAAUAUUAUGAUAUAAUAUUAACUUUUUUCGUCAAAAAGUUAGUAUAUACCUAAAAACUAUAAAAAGUUAAUUUCUGUUAAAAGUGUAACUUACGCCUUUUGACUAUUUAGGUUCGUUAUACAAAUGUACAGUUCUCCAAUGUGUACUUAAAUUAAAGUGGACGAGUAAUAGUAAAGUGAACGGGUAUUAUUAAUAAAUUAUCAAAACAAUCUAUAAAAAAGAGCUGAUGCUAAGCCUAUGGGAGCGACCAUUUUUGUAAGUGAGAAGUUGGCAAGGUAGGAUACAUAAGGUUAUUUAAUUUAUAUUUGUAAGCAACGAUAAACUAUUGCUGACGAAAGACGAUUCCGAGCGCAGUUCGGUAAUACAAUAUAAUUUGAAGUGCCGUAAUUUUUUUUUGGGAUUUUCAUUUAAAUUUGAUUUCAAAACGCUUAUUAAAAAAAGUAAGUAUUAUUACCAAGUUUCAAGUCUCUACGUGUAUUUAUAACCGAAUUACAGCAAAAAGUACAAUAUUUUGAAUUUUCUUCCGUGAACCAAUCAAAAAAAAUCCACCCCCCUCCCGGUAAAAUACUCCUAGGAUAUACAACAACAUUCAAUUACAGGCCGAAUAAUUGAUAUACUUUUUUGGCUGUUAUCUAAAAUAUUCCUAAUAUGUAUUAAUUGUAUUAAUGUAGACUGGUUUGUUAUGCAAAACAACAACUUAAUGUUAGGGGACUCUAGUUGAUUUUGGGUGGACUAAGCUACCCCACCUCUAUUAGCACCCUCAUCUCUGAAUAUUCAGCCAAUAUAUCAUAACGGACUUUGUUAUAAAUAAAUAAAUUGUACAUGUACCUACGUUUAUAUAUUACUAUACAGUGUCGGAUCGUAAUAAAUUAUCCGCGAUUGACUAUCACAUAAUUACGCAUGCCUAUAAAAUGGUGUUAUAAAAUCUACUGACAACCACAAUGUAUUAUAAAUGACUCAAUGCAGACAAUAAUAUUGUAACGACAUAAUUUUAACCGAGGCGUAUACACGCGGGUAGGGAGAAUAUGAGAAUUUGAUUCAUUCCAUCGCCUCUUUUUGUCUUAUGUAUCUUACAAAUUAAAUAUUCUUUACAAUGUUAAAUCUAAUUAAGAUUUCGUAAUAUUAUAUUGUUUGAUUAAUUGUUGUGUUUUUGGUUUCGACUGGAAAAAAAAAUAACGAAAAACUGCUAUAAUAUCAGCUAGGCUAUCGUUCGUCCUCCUCCCUCUCCAUACCGUCUAUUCCACCAGUUUCAAAAUUCGUGUAUACGACUCUGAAUUUAAUAUACCUAAUUUAAUGACGAACACAGUAUGCAACCACGCAGUUAAUAUAAUAAAUAAUUUCAAUAACCUUCAAUGAAUUAUUUUUAUUUUUCGGUACAAAUUGUACAGUUUACACACACAGGAAAUGAACACAAUACGCAAAUAACUAAAUUGAAAACAAAAAAAUACAUUUAUCAAGUGCUAGCAGGGAGCGUCCGUCAUUUAUAGUUAUAAAUCGUCGGACGCUCCUUACUACAUACUUCAAAUCUAUACUAAUAUAACUAUAGUUAUCCCGCACGGCUUUGUCCGCGUCGGUGUUUAACGAAAACAAAAAGCCAAAAGAAAACGUAUUUCUCCGCGACUUCUCGUGUCUACUCCCCCCCCCCUUCUAUCUCAUAAUAUAGUGAACUGUUGCCCAUCGAUUUAUUUUUAAAAAGGGGUUUUCAUACCCACGACAACCAAAUUAACUAACAACGAAUGUGUGUUUUUCAUCCGUGUCACCGAGGCGACUCGUAUAUUACCAUUCUGCACACGAAAUAAAACCUAUGAUUGAAUCUGCCCCUCUGAUCGGGUGUAUACAGUACAUUAUGAUGACAAACAAUUUGAUAUUUUAAUAUUAUUACAAGUAUGAAGUAGAGAGAAAAAAUAAAGAUUUUAAACGAUUUUUUACGAAAAUUUUCCUCGAUUUGUUGUGCAAAACCACGUCGGGUAAAAAAUCCGUCGAAUGAAAUUUUCGUAAAAAAAUAGUGUCAGCCUUUCGGGUUCGAAUCCGGGCACCGCAAGUUUCUCACGCGUAAAAAUACCCAAUCAAUCCAGGGCGUUUAUAAUAAAUUUGACACUGUAAACAUUUGCAUAAUAGCAGUUAUGAUUGACCGUGUAGCCAAUCAGAAAGCCGAAUUCAGUCAUGGGUUUUGUAUCGUGUGAAAAAUAGUAGGUAUAUGUGAGGCGACUCAUAAAUUAACAAAUUCAAUUUUUAUUAUUCGGUCGAAAUAUUACCGACUAACUGUCGCGGGUUUCAUUAUUUUCGUACAGAAACGUACGGGGAAAAAACUAGUUCCUUACACUCGGUUUGGUGCCCGUAUUGUUCAAUAAAACUCUUGAUCCAUAGGAACGGAAACCAAAGACUGACGGCACCGAUUUUGAAGAUGCAUUUUUAAAAAACAUGCAUCUUUCGACGACUUAUAUUUCCGUAGAUUUAAUGCGUAAUAAUAUUCACUGCAGUUGUACGAGCAAUAAGUAUAUUAUAGAAUAAAGAAAAUACACGAUAAACACUUACGUACUUUUUGUCGGUACUCCUUAGGUUCAUUGGAACGCGUAGUCUGCCGCACUUUACAAUCCAAACGACUUUUUGGACAUUUCACUGCGAACAAAUAUUAAUAUUAUAACUUACUGGGUGCUUUAUUGCCUUUACAAAAUAUUAACGGUACCUAUCUACCCACACGUCGUAUUAUGUAAGACGGCUGAACGGCAAAUAAACGAGAUAAGAAAGAAUUUACUAUUAUUGUCUUCGAAACGAAACAGCUGACUGGUUCACAUAAUAUCUGUUGCGUACCGGCUGUGCUGAUUACAUUUGCUCACCAGUUUAUUAUAGACCCUGGGGUAACUUACUGUGUGCUCCUUAUGAAACAUUUUUACUCGUCUGACAGGAUAUCGGAUUGAUAGCCGAGGGACACUUUUUUUCGUCAGAUUUGUUAUCAUUAGCCUAAAUUAUCAACAUAUUAUCAAAGAGCAAUUAUCAUUCUGCACUAUCAGCGAUUUUCUUCACAAACCACAUCACUAAAAAAGGUUUCUUGGAUAACGGGGUUGGCUGCAGCCACUGCUAUAAGUAAUUUAAUGUAUACCUGUAAGCAACGAUAAACCAUUGCUAACGUGAAAACAAUUCUGAGCAGAGUUCAGUUGAUAAUGGUGCUUUGUCAACAAUAUAUAAUAUGUCAUAUUAUCGUAAAAUAAUAAAAUAGGCAUUGUAUAUUUUCUUUGACAAUAUAUGUUUAAUGUACCGAUUUUCCCGGUUUUCCCAUGUUUAUUUUUCGGGUUUUUACAUUUGUUGAGAAAACUCUUGAGAAGAUCGAAAAAUGACUUCCUUGAAGUACCUCCUCACAUCGAUUUCUUUUCAGAAAAUGCGCUACACUUAAAAAUCGGAGCAAGAUCUCUGGUAGAAAAGUUGUCUAUAGAAAAAAAAAACUUCAUUGUAAAACCUUAAGCUCUUCGCUCCACUCAAUCUAAAAUUAAAAAUGUAUAAUCCUAUAACAUUGUUGUCUAUAUUAAAAUUAUAUAAAAAUAGCAACAAUAAAACAAAUAUUAAAAAGUGCCUUGUGUUACUUAAGCAAAAGCCUAUACGAAUUAAAAAUGUUAUAUAUACUGUGUCGAAAUACGCUGAAAUUGAGUUUCGAUCUCAUUUUCGAUUUUCAAGAUAUUCUAUUCUAGUAAACUGAAUUAUUGGUGAACAAACACUAAUUUGAAAUUGAUCUGACUUGGUUAAAUUAGUCAAUCAAGGGCAACUAAAAUAAUAUUACUACAGGUAGAACGCGGGGACAAUAUCCGAUUUCUCAAUUGAACCUAUAAUGAAUAAUCGACAGAUUUACUGUUUCAUUUAUUAUUAGAUAUCAAACCACCUACCGACCAGUUUGUCGUCGAUAUUUUUAUUAUUCCUGCACCGUCAACGUGUGGGUGUUGUUAUACCGAACGAGUUGUUCGUUUAUUUGUUAAAAUACACCUCUGAUUUGCCGAUUUGUGUAUCGGACCGACCGGUAUAAUUUUUUUAAUAAAUACUAAAUAAAUACAUUAUCUGUUAAGUGAUGACAAAUUACUUAUUGCGCACGCUUAUUCAAAUUUUCAAUAUUAAAUCGACAGUAGUUUCUUAUCACUAUUAUCGGUUAGUUUAAUUGGUCGAUACAUAUUAUAUUGUUCGAAUGUUCGUAGUUUUACAGCGGAUAUAUGUAUGUGUAUAUAUUAAAAUGAAUAUCCGUAAAAAAAAAAAAAUAAUAAUAAUAAAUUGUAUUAAUGUCGGUCAUUCUAUAGAAUCAUUGCAGUCAAAACGCUAAUAUUAUUAUUAAUAGUCGUCUAGAAUAGAAGAAAAACUCGUUUUUUCUUUUUACGGUAUCGAUCGUCGAUUUAUUACGAAACACACAUUUCGGUAUUGACUUAUAUUAUUAGAGCUACGGUGUGGACAAAAUAAAAACGCACAAGUGCUUAUAAAUAAAUGUCCUACUUAUACAUACACAAUAUAUUUAUUACUCGUAUUAUUAAUAUUAUCGUUAACUGGUCAUUACCGCCCGCCAACCUUGGCACGUCGAGUCUCUUCGACUAGCGACGUUAAGGAAAACGAGUGUAUUAUAACAACAAUUUUAAUAACAUUAUUAUGCCUACGUACACGGUUAUCGCGGUUACUGCAUGGCUAACGUGACGGUUACCAGUGUUAACCGUAUACAAGCGAUUACUCAAUGAAGUAUUGUAUAUAUCUACGGGCAACUAUACAUUAUAAUGUAUAUGUGUGUAAUUAAGGGGCGGCUUCAUCCGCUACUCUGUGCGAAUAUUAGCUCCUGCCCCGAAUUGUAUAAGUCGUCUAGAUUUUAAUAAUCUCAUAUCAUAUUUAAAACUUUAAAAAUUAAAAAACGUUACUCACACGAUGGAUGUGCCACUGUUGUGUAGGUGAGAAGUUGGAAGGUAGAGGGGGAAUUUAAUGAAUAUCUGCAUGCAACGAUUAAUCUUUGCUAACGAAAAUCGAUUCUGGACGGAGUUCAUUGAUUAUGAUACAGGGUGGAUUUAGAAAACGGGAAAUAUUGAUGUUCCUAUCUAAUUAUCUUAAAAAAGUAAAACGAAAAAAAAAAACGCAAAUACUUCGUACCGUAUGGAUGUGCCACUGUUGUUUUAGGUGGGAAACUGGGAAGGUAUGAUAUACUAUGUAUACGGUAAUUUAAUUUAUAUUCGAUGGCAAAAAUACACGAUUACUAAUAAUAAAUGAUUCUGAGCAAAAUUAGAUUGAACGUAUUUUGAUACUUUUAGAUUCGGAGUGUAGCGAGGGAAAACUUUAAUUUUGCGAGUUUUUUUAUGUAAUUUGUAUUUGGUAGAAAGGUACUCUGUGAAUAAAAUAGUUAGAAUUAAUAGAAAUGCUUGAAAAUUUAAUAAGAGGUUUAUUAUAAGUCGUAAUUGGUGAUAAAAAAAAAAAAAAAAUCGAGAAUAAUGUAAUAUUUUUUUUUUAUAAUAAUUUAAAUAUUACAUUUUGACGAACAUAUUGCGGUCUUUUAAAACAUCUACAACAGUACUAGACCCGUUCCCAGUAUCAGCUAUUUAUUAUUUUUACUAUAACGAGGGUUCCCGUUUACCCAGCCCUGUUUUCUGUAGAUGCACUUAUAAUUAAGUGUGGGAACUCACCAAAACGAUCGGCGGCCGUCAGUAAUACACACGAGAGAAUAAUAAUAAAAAAUUAAUAUUAUACUAUUAAAUUUAACACAGAAGACAAGACGCCGUGCACACGACAUUCUUUUUUUCUCCUCUCUUCCUUUUUUUUGGUGGGGAAUCUAUCCGUUCUCUGUAAUAUAACAUAUUCUUGAACCUGUAAUGAGAAACACACAAGGUGUACCUAAAAAUACCGGCGCGAAACCGCGAGACUUAUUCGCGGUUACUCGCACUUUGUUGCAAUAUUAUUAUUAUUGUUAUUAUAUAAGUACGUCAGCGGAACGGAAAUAAUUAACGCGUGUUGGGUAAAAACAAAACACGACGCGGUCUGUGGAAAACGUUAUAGGUACACCGACCGACCGACCGUGUGUAUUUCGUUGUCUUUUGUUUUCAAUAGUCGAUAGACGACACGCGACCCAAAAAGGCAAAAACUGUGCGACGAUGACGUCUGGAGACCCGUAGGUUAGGCUAUAGAUUAGGUUAGGAGGCCGUCGAAACGUAAAUCGAGCGUAAACCGAUAAUUAUUAGGUUGGGGUCGUGCAAUUCAAUAUUAUUAUUGUAGUUAUUGGCGGCUGUCGGGCUGUGGCAGACGACGGAUUCGCUCAAGUAAAAAUACACUUUGUAAAAUAGCGUAUACAAAGAGAAUAAAAAAAAAAAUAAAAUAGGUUAGGUUAAAGGUUACAGUCGAGACGAGUGUGGCGGCAAUUCUGAAGGACGCGAGAUUGGAUAUUUAACGACAGUUGCAGAAUGAUGAUUUGAGGUUCGGCAGAGAAGCAUGUGAUGGAAAUCUGCAGCCAGCCAGCCAAUCAUAAAACCAUAAAAAAAAAAAGAAGAAGAGCGACGAUGAUAAAUAUUUAUUACCUACUAGAAGUGCAGAGACAAGCGCAAUUAACAAAUUUGGUCACUAUAUGUACAUAUAGUUAUAAAGUUAAAAUCUAGAUGAAAAAUUAGUAUUUUUUGUGCCUAACUUAAAAAAAUUCGAUCGGUUAGUUACUACAUAAAUACAUUUAUAAUACCAUAAAAACUAUAAGUAUAUACAUACCCAAAUAAAAAAAAAAAAAAAAUAAAUACUAAGUCUGGUCUUAAGGACUCAGACUUACAACGAAAAACGGGAGUUAUAUUCCUAUUGAUCUCCCAGACGGAAAUUCCCCGGAAUUCUGCGAGUUAUGUUUCAAUUAUGUUUCUAGACAGUAGAAUUUUCGUUAGAGAAUUCGUAUAGUUAAAAAAAAAAAACUGACUCCAUGUUAUUUUAUCGGUUAGGGUGAGUUAGGUUUUAGUUUAACAAGUUAUAGAAAUACAGAUAUAAUUAAAUUAUCAAAUUUUGAUAAUAUUUGCCCAGCUUUAGCGGAAACACUGCAGUUUUAAACCGUGUCGUUCCGAUACGAUAUAAUAGAAUUACAUUUCGAUGGUAUAAUAUUGUAAUAAUUAUAAUUUAUAACGACGCGUAUAGUACAACACCACUGAUUAUUAAUUUGAUCGCCUGCAAUUAUUAUAUUAUCGGUAUCCAUACGUCGAUAAUAAUAUUAUUACGACAGAACAGAAUAAUAUUUACAAUAUUAUUACAAAACGGGGUUUGAUAAAUAAUAAUUUAUUUACCUACCGCAACCAUAGAGAUACCAGUACGGCUAUUGUAAUAUUGUACCGUAUCUUCGGGGGCAAAUUUAACUUGACCGCCUAAACCUAUACCCGAGUGGCAAAAUCAAUUUUUUUUUUUUUUAAACCUUAGAUUGGUUUAAUGAUCCGGCGAUGGGCCACUCUUUUCAAUUCACCACUAUUAUAUUACGUUCUUUAAAAAGGUUAGGUUAGGUUAGCUUGUAAGUUGGUUUCUCAAUGUAUUGCACAGGCGUGGGCGUACGCACGGGGUUACGAAUAGCCAAAAAAAAAGGUCUUUUGCCUGGUCACACGAAGAACAUCUAUUUUUAUACGAAAGGGACAUCAGCUAAAAUAAAUAAAAUAAUCUAGUAUAGAACAAAUCGAUAUCAUAUAUAAAUUUAUAAAAAAAAAAAAAACCCCGGAAGCAGCUACUAUCCCUCAUUAGAGACGACUUUCCUACGUCUAUUUUUUUAUUAUAGAACUUAGAAAAACCAUAAAAAAAACCGAGAUUACUAUUAUAACGUAACACACCACUAUAACGCUAUAGUACAAUUUAUCGUUAUACUACCAAAUUGUAAUGGUAUACGUCCUUAAAAAAAAAAAUGACACAAUUUUUUAUAAAAAUGGUAAGAGUGAGAGUUGAAAGUCGAAAGUCAAAAGACACAUCCUUGGUACUAAUAACACAAAAUGUCAUCUCUCUAGCUUAAUUAUGAGUAUCUGUAAGGGUGUACAAAGCUUUAAAAAUACCCUUCUCCCGCAACAUGGUGAAAUUCAACCAAAAUGACAUCACUUAAAUCCGUUUGUGAGUUUGUGCUCGUUUGGUCCAGAGAACAUAGUUUAUAUUUCCUGAGGACAGAAGAUAUAAAAAAAACCAGAUAAACUAAAGUCAAUUGGCCGAAUAAAUCCGCGUUGUUGGAUUUUGUAUAACAUAAAGUGUACCUACACAAUAUUGGUUGAUAUAGUUUUUUUUUUGAUUUUACUUCGCUCGUGUGACUUUCGCUCAUCGUCCGCGUGUUGUAAUAUUAAUAAUUACUGCACCGAUAAUCGACAAACGUGUUUUAAAAUGACGCAAAAGUAUCUAUUUUAUCCGUUCGUCGGUCGACUCCACGCCGUCCGUUAUAUCACCAUAAAACAUUUUUCUUCACAAUAUUAUUAAUUUUAAUUGACGGGUUCGCCGCACUAAUGCACUAUACGCACUGCAAGUGUCACCGUAUAAAUAUAUAUGAAUUACUACAAUAAUAAUAAUAAUAUAAUGACGAUCACGCGGCGGUAUUGUCGAAAAUGAUAUCAUAUAGGUACCUAUAAUAAUAAUAAAUAGGUACGAUUAUGGUAACGGCGGUUGGCGGAUUCACGUUGUCCGCCGAAUAAUAAAGAAACAAUUUAAUAAAAAAAAAAAACUACACUGCCUGCGUGUAUUAUACAAAAAAAAAAAAAAUUAUAAUAAUGAUAACAAUACAGAAAAACACAAUAACAAUAAUAUUGCGACGUUUCGAAAGUUCACAUGGUCGUCGUUAUAAUAAUAAUAUAACACCGCAGCACGCGUGUACAACUACACACAUCAGAAGUUUGCGUAAGGUAAAAACAGUUAGAUAGAUAAAAUGUGCCUAAAAACCGAAAUGUCUACAGGCUUCUCACGGCCGACUUAUAGCCGGGACAACCUUGUCCGUCCAAUAUAUUUGGGUCGCACGGACUUCCGACCCCGACCCGUUGAGAGUGUUAAAUUAAUUUAUACAAAGGUAUGUACACGAAAUUGAUACACGCGAAGGACUUAAACAAAAUAACGAUAAAUUACGUGUGAAUUAUACUCUGCAGGUUUCCCGGAGUCGUAGAAUCGGACGAAAAAUAAAACAAUUCCGACAUAGACGGAGACUGCGAAAGUAACAAUAUUUUGUUCGUUCAUAGAUCUACAAUGAUAUACGCCAAGGUCGUCACGAUAUUGUUCUAAUGUAAUAAUAUAAUAAUGAAAUGCAUACUAUUUUAAUAUUUAUAUGGGAUGUGCAGUGCGCAAAAAAACAUCAACAGUCCCAGUUAUCGACCGCGUAUUAUUGUCUUGAGCAAAUUUUGCACAUAAUAAUAUAAUAUCGGAGAUUUGUAGGAUUUAGAUACCUAACCGGGUGGCGGAUUUUUAUGUUAACUCUAAUCGAAAAAUCGGGAAUUCGUGACGAUUAGUUUGUCAAUAUGAAUUGAUAUAGCAGCGGACGUCUUAACAAAUUUUCACUAGGCGAACGAUGUCGCGAAAUAAAAUUGCGGGCUCUGCCACAUUAAAACCUCUUCCUUGAUCUAUCCGUGGUUUCAAACAAAAUUUAAAUUUACUAAAAGAUGUAUUAUAAUAUGCAGUGUGUAUUUUAAUUUUAAAUUUUUGGUUGGGUAGUAGAUACAUAUUGCAUAUAUAUAACAUUUAUUCGACCUAUUUAAAUUUUAGAAUCAUAAUAAUACAUUCAAACAAACCCAUAUAAAAAUUUAGAUUACUAAUGAAUACUUAACGAUGUUUUUUUAAUUUUUUUUUAUUGAUAAUAGGUACAAAUCUAUAGAUCAAACAAUAUGAGCAUUGUUUUAUAAUAACAUAGAAUAAAAUCAGAACGUAUAUAUUGUAGUAUCGUUACAGAAUGACAGGAAAAACAAUAAAAUAUUAAUUAUAAUAAAUAUAAUAAUAAUAAAUGUCAGUUUUAAUAAUUAAUCUUUUUUUUUUUUAAAUUAAAUAAUUGUCAAAAGAAAUUUUACAACACUCGGUAGUUUUUUUUUUUAGAUUUUUAGUCAUUUUUUUUAUACAUGAUUCGAUGUCAAUUUUAUAUAAGUUAAUCUAUACAUUUUUGUAUUUAAAUAGUCGCUAGAAAUUGUUGUUUUUUCAUUUCAUAGUGUUUGUUUACUAAUUUUAUUUGUCUCUUAUAGUUAUAAUACACAUUCAAUACAUGUGAAAUCAAAAAUAUAUUAGGAUGCGCUUUAGUGAAUUAUGUGUUAAAUUUUGAAUGAAAAGAUCUGCAACUGUUAGUUAUUCGUUCCGAUGACAUUGAAGACAAUGUCCAUAUUUUUUUGGUUGUCACGCUUUUAAUAAAGCUUUAAUUAGUUUCACGUAUACUUCUUCUGGAUUUAAUAAUAGUCAAUCGAAUAUCAAUUUUAACCACUGUCCAAUUUUAUUGUUGACAAUUUUUUAUUCAACUUAUUGAUAAACUUUUUGACCUUUUAAAUAAUAUAGUAUAUACAGAGUGAUCAAUCAAUCGUAAGACACUCGUUAUCUCGGAGAGUAUCAACUUUUUCCGGAAUUAGUUUUAUAGAAUAUUUAAAAAACAAGUUGUUCUACAAUUUAAUAUUUAUGCCAUUUUUUGUCACUCUUAUUUUUGAGGGUAAAACCACUACUUACUUUUGUUUUUAAAUGGCAACCUAUAUUAAAAAUUUCAUGAAUAGAUGAGUAGUAAUUAAAAUAAAUGUUGGUGUUUAAAUUUUUAAUUUCCGUCUAUCCGUUGACGAGAUAUUCCAUUUUUAAGUUUGGGUUGGAGGAUUUUAAUAUAGUAUACUCUUAAAAAUAAAUAAUUCCAACACUAAAAUUUAUUUUAAAUAAUACUCCAUCUAUUUAUGGGAUUUUUAAUAUAGUUUGCCAUUUUAAAAUCAAAAAUAGAUAGUGGUUUUACCCCUAAAAAUAAGGUUGAAAAAAAUAACAUAAAUAUAAAAUUUUUGAGUAGCUCGUUUCUUAAAUGUUUAAGAAAAUCAAUUUCGGAAACAGUUAAUACUUUCCGAGAUGAUGAGUGUCUUGUGAUAGAUUGAUCACCCCGUAUAUGUCGCAAAUAGCCAUCUACUUAAUGUUAAAAUAUAACAAUAUAUUUAGAUCUUUAUUAUAAAUUUUAUUUUGAAAAAAUUGUAAUAAGUUAUUAUUUAAAUAAAAUAUAGGUAUAUAGGUAAUAGGUAAUUUUCGUUUGAAAUGUUUCUAAUUUUAUUUCUGUACAAUUAUUUAUACGUAUUUUAGUGUACAUGACUUCGAUACAUUGUAAAGUUUUGUAAUUAAAACACGAGUGUCCGUAUAGUUUAGUGUGUGCAUACGUUUUACGUUUUGGUCCAAUAAUUAAGUGCCUCCUGUUCCCAAUCAUUUUGACUUUCGUCCCUUAUUUGAAGUAUUUUCAAAAAUCUUUCCUUAGCGGGUCAGUUAUUGAGUCAGUUUUAUUUAAAUUUAUUAAACAAAAUCCAGUGCUCUAGGUUUCUACCCUAUUUAUUCUGCUUAUAUUAAUACUGUUUAAUCACGAAGUUGAUAGCCGGCGGAAUCGAUAAAUCCCCGAUUAAAAUAUAUAUAAUCUGUAUAUUAUUUUCUCGCUCAUUUUAACGACUCGUUGAAUUACUCGUUACUUAUUAUGUAUUUCUGCGUAGGGCGAUUACAUCAGACGUGAAGGAUACUCGGUGGAAAGGCACACCGUGAUUACCGACGAUGGUUACAACCUGACGUUGCACAGGAUACCGUACGGCAAGAACGAGGAUCCGUCGACGGUCUCGAGAAAACCGGCCGUAUUGGUGCAACACGGCAUACUGUGCAGUUCAACGGACUGGGUUAUCGCGGGACAGAACAGUAGUUUAGGUGAGUAUUAUGUAUAAUACAGCACCGUUUCAUCACGCGUGGAUUUCUUUAUUGUGGCGAAAUUACGUACCUAGAGAAGAUAAGCCGAAAGUACAGGUUUCCCAUCUAAAACUCAUUCGGAUUGGCCAAAUAGACAUAUGCAUUAGAAAAAAAACACUUGUGAACAGAGUUCCAUCAUUAGAGUAAAAUUUUCCCUCUGUUGACUUGUUGCCGUUACAAUAUUUAAGUUAAAUUUUUUUUGUUGGUGACUACUUAUUAUUUUUUAGUUAGGUAUAUGCUUUUUAUUUGGUCAAGUUAUAUUACUUUUGAGUUAAAAAAGUAACUUCAUUACAAUAAAAGUUAUUUUUGUUUUUAAUAAACAUCACUGGAGCUAAAUGACUAUAUGUUGUCUAUAUUAGUAUAUGAUAAUACAUUGACAUUCACAGUAAUUGGUUGUAAGACUUCUUUGUAAUGAACACACACCUGGUGGUUGGUCCUUAGUUUUGGUACAGGCAGAAUUUUUGGUAGUUAGUUGCACAUUUUACACACCUCGGAGGGUGGGCGGAAUAUGUUUUAGCGUGUCUAUAUUCUUAGCAGCUAACGCAUUGUACGACGGUACGCUUUUUAUUUUGGUAUUUAGUAAAGAGUUGAUGUAAAAAUAUCAUUGUUGAUCUCGGCUGGUUCUAGAUCAACGAAAGAUAUUAGGAAUUUAUUUUGUUGGCUUUAUAAAGAACGUACGAGACGUUGUGGACAACGUUCUUCAAUUAUUGAAGAAAUCGGUGGUUUCAUUGGUAUAAGCAAUAUUAUUGCUAAACCAAUUUCAGCUGUUGGCGUUUAUGGGUGAUUAUUACGAAUGACUAUUAGGAAGGAUCUGUCUUCUUGUGCUUGGUAAGUGUGUAAGUGUCUUUUAGAUAUUUGAUAAAUGAUCUGCAGGAGUUAGAAUCAAAGAUUUAAUUUUUAAAUUAUUAGCAGUCGAUUUGACAACAAAUUUGUCGGCGUUUACCAGUUUAAUAAAGUCCCUAUGAAAUGUAAAAAACUCCGAUACUCCAUGAACAAAAAUAGAUGGUGGUUUUGGGUUUCGGUUGAUCGGAAUUCAUGUCGAGGUCAUAUUCGGGAAUGUAUUGGCGGUUUUAGUUUCGACAUUUUCGUUGUCGAGUAUACAGAAUCUGUUUGAAGAUGCGAUUAUGGGCUUGUUUUUUAAAAUUAUUCUCGGUCGUUUAAUCAUUUGAUAUAGUUUAUAUAGGAAAGGUUGCAUUUCAGUUAGGUUUUGAGUGGUCGGAUAUCAGAAUCAUUUAUAUGCGAGUUCACGAAAACAUCAUUUGAUGCACUCUGUACACGAGUUUUUAUUGUAUUCGUUUUGUUUGUAUUGUUUACAUUUGUUUGGCUGUCUAUAUUAUUUCCAUUUGUAGAUGAUUUAUUUAGGUUGUUCAUUGUGCAUUGUCGGAAUACAAAAGGUAAGAUAAGGCAGCCACCGGGGACUGAGUUAAUGAGUUUUAGCGUAUAUGUGAUGAACUAAUAAUCAGUUAUAAUUACCAGUUUUUUGGACUUUAUGGAUUGAGUUUCUUUGAAAUCCUCUUGAGUAGGUUAGGUUAAGAUAUCGAAAACGUUAAAUUCGGGUAUUGGAAUACAUGAGUAUAAAUGAACAGCUUAAUAACGUGGGACAACGCAUGUGUAUCGGACAUACUAUACGUGUAUUAUUUAAAAUUAAAAAUAUUAAUUUAAUUUAUAAUUAAUUUUUACAGAUCAACCAAUAACAAUUUAGAAGAAAAUAAUUAAUAAAUGUAAACUUAUUAAAUUAUAUAAACAUAACUUUAUAAACUUACUAAUAUUAAAACAAAUUACAUCAGACAACUACUGUUUAGUGUAGCACUGCAGCCAUGAUAAAAAAGACGGACAUACUUCACAUGAUGGGUGGGCCACUGUUGUAGGUGAGAAGUUCACAAAGUAUGACUUAUAAUGAAUGAACCUCCAGUUAAAUUGUCAAACAUUUCUGUUGGGUUUAACAAUUUUAUUCACAAAAUUUUCACUAAUUAUUGUCCUAAAAAUUUUUGGAAAAGUAGACAUAUCUGGUUAUUGCAACCGCCACAUGGCUCUUCGAUCAGUUAAUAUUUUGGUUUAUGAGCAAAAAAAAGCACCGACUGUUAAUUAGCUAAAUGAAAUUUUGGCUGCUUCUCUCUAAAAAAAAGUUGCAUUCCCUCCUAUAAAUAAUAUAUAUUUCGUAACAAAAAUAAAAAUUCAAUAACUAUCGUUUAUUUUAGCGUUCGUGCUCUCAGACGCGGGAUACGACGUGUGGUUGGCCAAUUCCCGAGGAAACACAUACUCCAGGAACCACGUAACACUAUUGCCGGCCAAAGAUCCGGAGAAAUAUUGGGAUUUCAGGUUAGGAGAAAAUACGUGUGAUGUAGUUUGUUAUAAUUCUUGAUAGAUUAUUAUCUUUGCCAUCAACUUGUCCGUGUUUACAAUAUUAUAGCUGGCAUGAGAUGGGCACAAUUGAUUUGCCGAACACUAUCGAUUACAUAUUAGACAAGACCGGUGAACCGGACUUGAACUACGUCGGGCAUUCGAUGGGUACGGCCAUAUUUUUCGUGUUGUGUUCGGAGAGACCUGAGUACCAGGAGAAGGUUCGGUCAAUGGCGGCCAUGGCACCGAUCGCCUACCUAAACCACGUCAAGAGUCCUAUUAUGACGUUCCUGUCGUCCGUGGCCGACCCGCUGGCGGUGAGUGCUGAUGCGAAAUUACUAUUAAUGAAGUUGCGAACCGUUUGAUUUUAGAACCCAAUAAUAUUUGCUCGGUCCUGUUCGAAAAUCGAAUAAAUAUUGUCGAAGAGUGACAUAUUCGAAAUUUGAAUGCCCGGAAAUUGAGCCACAAUGAACCUUUUUAAAAAUAUUAUACGAUAAUUGGGCCACUAAAAUUUUACAUUUAUAACAGGUAAACCCGGUAAUUGGUUCACUAUUUUAAAUGUUUUUUUAUCGUUGAAUCUGGUAAUUUGAUAUUGUGAAUAGCCAGUCAAUGCAUUAAAUAAGAAUAUUUUACAAAGCGGUAUCAAACAAAUUAACAAGUAAAUAGUAAUAACACGGAUAUUCCUAGUAGUAUAAUAGGUAGGUAACUAAAAUUUACUAUACCUUUACAACGCCACGAAACUUUACUCGGGGCGAUUGCGUUAAAAUUUAAGAUGUUAUUGGACUAUGAGAAAAAAUAAUUAUUUUACUAAUUUAAUGUAAGUAUCUAGUAUUGUAUUUUAUAUUUAAAAAAAAAAAAAAAAAAUGGUAAAAUUAUAUAGGUACCUACUCUAAUUAAUAAAUGUCAAGUAGGUAUUCGUAUAUUUUGUGUUAUAUAUUAGUGGCUCAAUCUCCAGGUACUCUUUUUAAAAAUAUAUAUAUAAUUCGUGACACGAUACCCGGGUAAAAAAACCUAGAAAAAUGUUAUAUACGAAACAAGUAGAUAAAAUAUGGCUUAAAAAUUUAACGCAAGUUAAGUUUAGGAUAUAAUAAUAUGUAUAUGGUAUUUUGUAUAUUAUUAGAUAUACCCAUCGAAUUUUCCCAUUAAAACGCAGAAUUAGGGUUUUGAAUAAUGUAACGUUAUUUCUACCUUCCUAUAAAUUUACUAAUUAUUUUGAACCUUUUGAUUUUUAUUUAAGUUUAUGACCCAUGGUCGCCUAUAACGAGUAAUAAAUUACUCUUCGCCUGUAAUAUUUAAUUUGUAUCGUACAUUCGUACAUUGAACCAAUUAUUGAACUUAUUAUUAUUGCAGUGGCUGUGCAACAGUUUGGGAUACUACGAGUUCAGACCUAAUGGCAAGAUUCUACUGUUCGCGGGCAAAGCGUUUUGCGAGGCCAACCCACACGCCGAAGGCAUUUGCGACAAUUUGCUAUUUCUGUACGCCGGAUUCGAUUCGAAACGUUUGAUCAAAGUACGAGAAACCGUUUCGUAUACAACAAUAAUUAGAAUAACUGCAAUCGUAUGCAAAAAUACCGUUGUACACGAUAGUACCUAAUAUCGUGCAUAUUUAUUUUUCCUACAGAGGCAAAAAUAUUAUAAUUGCACCAGUAUUAAAAUUGAAAUUUACAAAAAUAUCCGCUAGCGGAUCGUUUGCGUAUAAUUUUGUAUUAUUAAGAAUAGUUAGAAAUAAUAGUGAAAUAUACGGAAAAUAUUUGAUUUUUUUUUAUUCAACCAUCGCAAACGUUUGAUCUAUUCGAAAUAAUUUGUGCAGUUUCUAUGUACGAAAUUUGCUCAAAAUAAAAAAAUAAAAAAAAUGUACUACUGGACUUAAAAAGUCCAGAAUGUUUGCGAAAAGACGUACAGUUUCUCCAUCCCAACAGAAAUAAUUGAUUAAGGGACGCUUAAAAAAAGAAUACAGUAAAUGAGCUCCGUUCCCGAGUCCCCCCUCCCUCUUUCGUGCACUUUUUUUAACACAACCUAACCUUUAUUUUUGUACCGUUACAGAACAUUCUGCCGAUUAUUUUAGCCCACACACCGGCCGGUGCGUCGGCUCGUCAACUCACUCAUUUUGCUCAGCUCAUGAAACGCGGUAAUUACCCAUCAAAUAUAUUAUAACAUAAUAUAAAUUUAUAAUAAUGUAUAAUUAUUAGUAAAUAUUAUAAUUUUAACAUUAAUAUUACUAAACCCUUUUCUGAAAGAAAAUUUUUUCAAGUUGGUACAUUAGGGAGGUAAUUUUUUCGAUUUUCUCAACAUUUUUCUCAUCAACUCUGAAAAAUCGAAAAAAAUUGAGAAAAAACAGGAAAAUGUACGAAUUAUAUUACAAUUAUUUUUCUGUGAACAGCUUUUCUACCAGUCAUUUCAUUUUGCCUUAAUUUACAAUGAUAGUAUUUUUUCUGAAAGAAAAUCUGAUUGAGAAGGUACUUUAAGCAGUUAAUUUUUAGAUUUUCUUAAGAGUUUUCCAGCAAAUGUAAAAAAAACACGGGAAAACCGUAAGAAAAACUGGAAAAUCAGAUCAAUAUUAAACAAAUAUUUUUAAAGAAAAUGUAUAAUGCCUAUUUAAUUAUUUAAUAUUUUACCGAAAUAUGACACAUAUUGUUAACAAAGCAUCACUAUUAACUGAACUCCGCUCAGAAAAGUUUCUUCGUAUGAGCAACGGUUUAUUGUUGGUCAUAGAUAUACAUUAAAUUCCUUUCUGUAUCCUACCUUCCUAAUUUCCCACCUACAAUAAGGGAUGCACCCAAGAAAAACAAACAAUUAUCUAAAAAUCCUUAUUUUUUAUUUAAGGGAUGAAUUUUCUUAAAUCCUUUCUUAGCGGAUGUCUACGUCAUAAACAGUACUCUCUCAUUAACACGAACUCGAUGGAACCGCAAGAUGAUGAAUGAUCUGUUCAUGUUAAAAGAAUGUGUGUAAAGUAAAUCGAUACGCUAAACGAAUUAUUUUUACACACACGAAUUUGCAUUAACAGAUGAGAUUAAAUCAAACACGCUUACUAAAAUAGUAAUUUUGUUGCACAGUUUGUUAAACAAAACGCAACUGCUUUAUCGAUUUUGUCUUUAUUUUUAAUAAUUUGUUGAUAAUGUUGAUACAACUACUGCAAUAUUGUUUUCUCGUUAAAAAACUUGGACGAACCCAAAAUUUCUUUUUUUUUUGAUUCUAAAUUUAAAAUUACGCAAGCUGCAUUGCAACGUCAUCUUCGAACUACAUUUCGGUAAAGAAUAAAUGUUCACAAAUUACUCCGCCACUCUUCUGGAUACAUGUGUUUUUAAUUUUUGUCAGAUACAUUUUGUCGACAACAAUGUUUCAUGUUUUGUUUUUUGGCGUGGACCGGGCUUAAUAUUAAGAAAAAAAUAACACGAAUAUUAUAAAUUUACCAUACAUUCACUGUGAACGUGUGUAUUGUUUUGACAAUUGUGAUAUCGGGUACCCAUAGAUUAUUAUUAUAAUCGUAAAGAUUUUAAUACGACGAUAAGACUAUGUUGUAAUUGAAAAGUAUGCAUCGAUGAUAUGAAAUUAAAAAUAAACUUACAUCAGCAUUACAGAAUCAAACAAGCACUCUUAUGACAGUGUCACAAAGGUGUAUUAUAGAUAUAAAUAUUAUACUAACUAUUGACAAACAUACCAAUAAUAAUACUAAUAAUUUUAUAAUUUUUUCGUAUAAAAUGUGUUUCUAAGAUCGGUGGUUCGGCCAGUACAACUACAACCAACAGAAAAACAUGGAAAAGUAUGGACAACCGGAACCCCCGGCUUAUGAUCUAAGCCAGGUCGCCGUGCCCGUGGCACUAUACCAUGCGCAGAACGAUUGGCUGUCGACGAUGGAGGUAAUGAUGAUGGUCGCGUUAUAUUAAUAUUUAAUACAAAUUGUCGAACAAAUUCUCACGGGCCGGGAUGUUUUUUUUUCAUUUUUCAGGACGUCAACGUGCUUGCAAAGGAAUUACCAAACGUGGUGGAAAAAAAAGUUAUGCCAUUUCCAGAAUUCAAUCAUUUGGACUUUCUGUGGGCGAACGAUAUUCGAGAUAUCGUCUACGAAGACUUGAUCAGGUUCAUGAAGAGGUACGAUAGGAAAUACCCUAACCAAGUACCAAUACAGUUGUCACCAGACGUAGACGUGAACGUCGUGCACCCGGAUUACAUAAUUGAUUCCAUAGGACAGUGAAAACAACAGUCGCCAGAAACACGCCCCCUCCCCUUCUUCAACAGUGACCGCAGUCACAGUGUGAAAAAUGAUGUGUGUUAAGGAAUUAUCAUUAAGGACGUAAUAUAAUGUUGAUUUGUCCUGUUGUGAUAAUAUUGUGUCGGGACUUCAUAUUUUUUAGUGAGCGAACGAAAGGAGAAAAACCAAAAAAAUUAAACAGUUCAAUUACUGUGAAUAUUGUGCAAUAUUAUUUAUUUUCACUUUGUAUAUUUAUGUGUUAAAUAAAGUGAAAAAAAAAACCAAUGAAACAUUUUUUAAAAUAAAUAUAAAACACAUUACGCCAACAUGCAAUAAUAUUCUUUAAAAAACGUAUAUAUGAUGUAUAUGUAUUAAUUAAGUAUAUAAUAAGAUGUUAUUAGAGUAAGCUUAAUAUAAUGUAUUCAGAUAAUAUUAAAAUAUUUACAAAUGUCUCCAUGACAUAAUAUUAUUCCGAUGUCUGUUAUAUGUCUCUGUGGUAUUCGACAUUAAAUAGAAAACAUUGACAAAAUAACAACUCAAUAUUAAUAUAUUAUGUAAGACUAGUAAUAUCUUUAAAGUAAUUUUAAAACUGACUAAGCUAUAGUAUUAUCAUUUUUUUUUUUUUUAUAUACAAAGUAGGAAUACGAUGAAUUGUUUCUUCGUGUUCUUAAUAAAUAAUACUGCAGUAUUGAACUAUUUAUACAAAUAAAUAUAUAUACAAGAAAAAAAUAAAUAUUUACACAUAAUAUACGCCUCGCCGUCGAAUUAAUAACAUUUGUGGUAGUCAGAAUUCGAAGUCUAAACAUUCAGGCGUGUCGAGCAUGUAUCAGGAGUUCCCCUGUUUGACAAUGAGCUUGUUGUCUAAUACUGUGAAACCAUUGAGGGUAGUUACGAACUUGUUGAUGGCAGUUAUCGAAAUGUUUGUGUGUCUCAGGUCGAGAUAUGUAAUGCUCUUGCACUUGCCCAGGUACUUCAGCGCCCGUUCAGUGAUGCCCGUGCAUCCAGAAAGCUGCAACGUGGACAGUCCCUCAAUUUUUAUAAGCAACUCGACUCCUUGGUCUGAAAUUGGGUCACACUGCGAAAGGUCGAGCAUGGACAGAUGGGGCAAUACCGAUACGAUGACCUGGAUGCUAUUGUCAGAGAUUUUGCUGCCGGCCAGUUUGAGCGUCUUUAGUUUUGACUGCCGGGACGCCAUGUCCACCAGACCGGGCCUGUGAUCCAGCGGUGGGGACAGGAUAUGCUGCAGAAGUGUGUCGUCCAUGUUGGACACGAAGCUCAAGUUUAGUGACGUUAGAACCGGGCCAAUGCACGACCGAAGGUACAUCACCGGAGGAAACGUACACCCUACUAAAGACAGCGCCUUGAUCAACUGUAAUCGGGUCAUCAGCCACUCCAUCAGGUGCUUAGUGAUGUUACACCAGUCCAAUAUCAGAACUUUUGGCUGUCUCUUCACAACAUCUAC